AUGGAGCAUUGCAGUCCCAUUGUCAUGUUUCUACUCAUUAAACUUCUUCUUUUACUACUACUUCAAAGUAGUAAUUCUCAGCUUCUCCCCAUAGUCGAUGAAGUAGUUGAAAACCAUGGCACACAAGUAUACAUUAUCGACGUGGAGAGACAUGAGCAUCACGAGCUACUCAGCGAUGGUGACCUCGAGAGCUUUCACCGCUCAUUCCUACCAAACUCCACCCUCGAUUCUGGAGAACCACGGCUGGUAUACUCUUAUCGUCACGUCCUCAGCGGCUUCGCCGCCCGCCUCACUCUGGGAGAGUUGAAAGCCAUCAAGUCUAAGCCCAGCUUUCUAUAUGCGCAAUGUGACAGCAGCUAUCAGCUUGCAACAACCUAUACACCAAAAUAUCUAGGCUUAACCACAUAUAACGCGUGGGGAUCCUCUAUGAUGGGACAAGGUCUUAUCAUUGGUGUACUCGACACCGGCAUAAAGCCUAGACAUCCUUCAUUCAAAGACACUAGCAUGCCACCAAAACCACCUGUUACAAAAUGGAAAGGCAACUGUUCAUACGCAGCUGGAAACUUUGUCAAGAAUGCAAAUAUUCUUGGAAUGGCAAAGGGUGAUCCAGCAUCUGGCAUGGCACCUAUGGCUCCUCUCUCGAUUUACAAAGUUUGCUAUCCACCUGGGUGUAAGAAAACUGACACGUAUGCUGCAAUCGAUCAAGCCAUAAAAGAUGGGGUGGACAUUAUCUCGAUGUCUAUUAGUGGCUUUCAUAAUGAUAAGCUUUAUGAGGAUGCAAUUUCUAGGGGUUCUAUGGCAGCAUUACAACAUGGAAUCAUUCCUGUCUCUAUAGCCGGAAAUAAAGGCCCUGAGAUAGAGACACUCAGUCAUUGUGCACCAUGGGUGUUAACUGUUGGAGCAUCAACCACUAAUCGAAGAAUAGCAUCCAUUGUGGAGUUGGGAGAUGGUAGAACAUUCCUUGGAGAGUCAGCGUACCAACCAAAUCAUUGGAAUUCUACUAAGAAGUUGGAGCUUGUAUAUCCUGGCAAGAAUGGUAACCUUAGGGCUCGUGUUUGUUUGCCCAAUCAAUUGGCUAAAUUUGACUUAAGAGGUAAAAUUGUAAUAUGCGUGGCUGGCAGGUUUAAGGAUGAGGUGAAAGGAGAGGCGGCAUACCUAGCUGGCGCGGAGGGGAUGAUCGUAAUAAACGAGCCUUCCCAAGGACACACUACUUUUUCUUCUGCUCAUGUUCUUCCGGCAUCAAAUAUAGACCACCCGGCAGUAUUAGAAAUUUUAGACUACUACUACAACAAUCAACCCAAUGCAUUUGCCAGCAUACGCUUCAAUGGCACCCAAUUCGGAUUUACUCCCUCCCCCACUGUUGCAUCUUUCUCCUCUCGCGGGCCAAGCCGCAGGAAUGGUGGGAUCAUCAAACCCGACGUGCUUGCCCCUGGAGUCAACAUUUUGGCCGCCUGGCAUACAGAUGUUGGCCCUAACCCAAAUCCAUUGGCGACCCACACCUUCAACUUUGAUAGUGGAACCUCCAUGGCCGCACCACACGUAGUAGGGAUUGCAGCAUUGGUGAGGAGCAAACACCUUGAGUGGACCCCAGCGGAGAUCAUAUCAGGAAUUGUAACAACCUCGAAUGACUCAUGGACGGAUGCAGGCGAUCUCAUUGUUGAUGAUACCUCAUACAAAACUACAGGGAUAUAUGCCACAGGGGCUGGUCAGGUGAACCCGACCAGGGCGGUGGACCCAGGUCUUGUGUUUGGGCUCACCUUAAACGACUAUAUUGGAUAUCUUUGUGGCCUUGGGUAUAAUGAUACGGAGGUUUCACUUACGAUCGGAAAACAAACACGUUGCAAUAUGGUUCAGAAUCUAACCGCAUCAGAACUUAAUUACCCAUCAAUCGCGAUCAAUUUGACUAGAUCAACGAUGAGUCAAAUAGUGAACAGAACGGUGAAGAAUGUGGGGGAUGCAAGAGAGGACUACUCAGCUAAGAUUACCGAGCCCGUGGGGUUUAAGGAUGAGGUGAAAGGAGAGGCGGCAUACCUAGCUGGCGCGGAGGGGAUGAUCAUAAUAAACGAGCCUUCCCAAGGACACACUACUUUUUCGUCUGCUCAUGUUCUUCCGGCAUCAAAUAUAGACCACCCGGCAAUAUUAGAAAUUUUAGACUACUACUACAACAAUCAACCCAAUGCGUUUGCCAGCAUACGCUUCAAUGGCACCCAAUUCGGAUUUACUCCCUCCCCCACUGUUGCAUCUUUCUCCUCCCGCGGGCCAAGCCGAAUGAAUGGUGGGAUCAUCAAACCCGAUGUGCUCGCCCCUGGAGUAAACAUUUUGGCCGUCUGGCAUACAGAUGUUGGCCCUAACCCAAAUCCAUUGGCGACCCACACCUUCAACUUUGACAGUGGAACCUCCAUGGCCGCACCACACGUAGCAGGAAUUGCAGCAUUGGUGAGGAGCAAACACCUUGGGUGGACCCCAGCGGAGAUCAUAUCAGCAGUUGUAACAACCUCGAAUGACUCAUGGACGGAUGCAGGCGAUCUCAUUUUCGAUGAUACCUCAUACAAAAUUGCAGGGAUAUAUGCCACAGGGGCUGGUUAG